GAGGUUGCAAGCGGUGUCCGGCUAUGGGCUCAUCUGCUGAUUCCUCGCUCUGGGGCACGUUUCUUCUGAUGAGUCCGUUGACACCGGUAAGUGAGACGUUUCGCCGAGUUGUGCGGGAGGUACAAGAAGAUCAUCAAGUACUAGACUGCGGCUUCGGCACUUUACACGAUGACUAUCACCGCAGCGACCGCGGCUGUCACCCCAAUUGUGUUCAAUGCGUGACUGGCAACCAAAAUACGAACCUUAUUCGGAGGCCUCCAUGAUGAUGGUGCGUGUCAUCCGCCUUGGACGCCAAAUGAGUAGCGAGCGCUGCCGAGUUCAUCGGACGACGCAUCACUGGGGCCCUAAUGCGUAGGAAGUACCCCACAUAGUCACGAAGUCCGGCUGCUCAAUCGCUCGCAGACGUGAGUGGCAAAUCAGCACUGUGUAUACACUCACAUUGAACUGUCGUUGUAUCGGUGGCCAAAGCCUCGAGUGUGUGGUAAGUCAUGUCAUAGGGCUCGAGUCAAGCAUCUCAAGGGCCUCACGAACUUGCGCGAGACUUCGAAAGAAGCGAGGCAUAGCUAUACUUACAUGCAUAUUCGGA